AUGAUCAUCUUCCUCGCCUUUGCUCUCUUCCUCCAGGGAGCACUUGGGGUGCUAGUCUGCGAGGAAUUGCCAGUUGGUUUGUGCUCUUUCUCAAUCACUUCCUCUGGGAAGCGAUGCCUGUUAGAGACGUACACAUCAAAUUAUGGAACUAUGCGAUUCCAAUGCAAGACUUCUGAAGUGGUUGCCCUUAACUUGCGCGAUUAUAUUGAGGCUGAUGAAUGUGUAAGCGCAUGUGGGGUUGAUAGAAAAUCUGUCGGGAUCUCAUCAGACUCCCUCCUCGAUCCUCAGUUCACUGCAAAGCUAUGCUCACCACAGUGUAACCAGAACUGUCCCAACAUUGUUGAUCUUUACUACAAUUUGGCUCUCGGAGAAGGGGCAUUUUUACCUGAUCUGUGCAAAUCUCAACAAACAAGUUCACGGCGUUCAAUGGCACAGAUUCAAAGUUCUGGUGUAGCUUUUGGCCCUAUUGCUGCUGCUGCUAGUCCUAUGUCUGCUGCUGCUGCUGCUGCUGCUCCUUCUCCAUCUUCACCUGUAGAUUGUGCUCCAGCUCCAAUGUAA